AAAGUCCCUUUGGGCACGGUCUCAUGGAAACAAAUGCUUUGAAACUAGUCAUUGUUUACAAGUCUGGGCAAUCGGUUGGCACCGAAGUUAUUAUAACGAAAUCUAAAGCCUAGCCCAUUGUAAUAAUAAUAAGCGUCCAUUAAACAAUGAACAGAGAUGUGGAUGCCAUAUUACCGGAUUCAGACGUGGCUAGUGAGGUGACAUUAGAUUCGUCGUCAGAUGUUGGAAGAGCUUCGCCUACGUUAAAAAGCUUACAAGCCCGAGAGAGCAAUACAAAACAACGAACUAGACGACCAUUCCAUUUUCAGUCAACUAUUUCAGCAAAUCGGGCAGAGUCACCUGUAUUGGUUGAUGCUGCACCAUAUGAUAAUGCUCAUGAAGCCACAUAUUCACGCUAUAAAUACUACCAAAGACUAAGAGGGCCCACCAUAGGAGAUGAUCAAGCUUUGUUGAUACCCGAUCAUGUUGUACCAUCAAUGUUUUUCUACCCAUAUAUUCCUGGUACAGUUCCAUUAACUGGUAAACAAAGCAGUUUGAUUACUAUAUUUGCAGUUUGGAAUACCAUGAUGGGAACUUCUCUACUUUCUAUGCCAUGGGCUGUUGAGCAAGCAGGAUUGGCUGCUGGUUUAUCUCUUAUCGUCGUCAUGGCAGGCAUCUGCUUUUAUACCGCCUUUUGCAUCCUCCAAGUGUACGGCAUUUAUGGUGAGAAGGAAAAUCUAGCCGAUUUUCCUGACUUGUGCAUGUUCCUGCUUGGGCGUGUCGGGCAAUGGGUCUCAGUUCUGUUUUCGGCUCUAUCCUUACUGGGUGCCAGCGCGGUUUACUGGGUUCUUAUGUCCAAUUUCUUGUACCACACAGUCAAAUAUGUGUAUGAUCUUAUUACGACAACGUCUUCAGUUCAUCUGCUUACAAUCGAUGAUAACAGUUCGGCGUUUAAUCUUUUUUGCCCGGAUCCUAUUGAUAAUCUUAGUUACUCAUCUCUUCUGAAUGGGCCGCUUUUCCGGAAUGGAGCGUCUACGUUUGAUAAAAUUUGGAAUCUGGAUCUGACAGUCCCUGUUUACAUGGCUUUACUGUUGUUGCCAUUAAUCUGUCUGAAAUCAGCCACGUUCUUCACCAAGUUCAAUGCGCUCGGUACAGUUUCGGUAUUCUACAUUAUGGCGUUUGUCGUGACCAAAGCUUCGCAAUGGGGAUUACAUGUCGAAUUUAACGACACAACUUCACCUUUCUACGUGCCUCUGUUACGCUCCAAUUUCCCGGCAUUGUCAGGCAUGUUAUCCCUGGCCUUGUAUUUACACAACUGCGUCGUCAGUAUUAUGAAGAACAAUCGGCAUCAAGAGAGCAAUGGUCGAGAUCUGAGUAUUGCCUACAUUCUAGUCGCGAUGACGUAUUUGGGCAUUGGAGCAACUUUCUACCUCACUUUUCCUCUAGAAAAGGAUUGCAUUGAAGAUAACUUGUUGAACAACUUUUCACGAUCAGAUACGCUUACAGUCAUAGCCCGAGUGUUUCUACUGUUCCAGAUGAUGACUGUCUUCCCGUUACUCGCUUACAUCUUGAGAACGCAGAUCCUAUAUGCCUUCUUUAAUUCAAUUUAUCCCAGCUUUUCUCACGUCUUUUCACUCAACGUGGCCUUGCUGACCGUCUGUGUUAUAUUCGCAGUCUUCUUGCCGCAGGUCGGCACAAUAACAAGGUUCUCCGGCGCAUUGUGUGGACUUGUCUACGUUUUCACGUUGCCCAGUAUAUUGUACGUAGUGUCGUAUAGGAAGCAGAACAACGGCCAUGCUCCCGCAUGGGUGUACAUUGUGCAUGGUUCUAUCAUAUUGUGCGGUCUACUAAACUUAAUUGCCCAGUUCAUCGUUACCAAUUGAUGGCCCAUAUGUCAGGUCAGUUGAUUUUCAAUAUAUAACGUUAAAUUCAUGUA